AUGUCGUCUGACGACGCCGCCGCCCAGGCCGCGCAAGACGCUGCGCUCAAGAAGGCUGCAGUCGACGCCCUCGCCGCAGCCGAAACAGCCACCGCCGAGGCCAAGGCUGCUACUGCCAGGGCGGAGGAGGCCGCUCGUCGCCUUGCCGAGCACGAGAAUCUGGAGCAGUCCCAGCUUCACGCUCAGGCCGUCGCGGUGUCCAACAUCAAGACGAUGAUCCCCCUCGUCCUCGAGCAGACGUCCUCGGUCUACAGCCGCUGGCGCAAGCUCUUCCUCAACAUCGUGACCAAAUAUGCCCUCGACUGUCUGGUGCUCUCCGACGACGACUUCUCCAUGGUUCCUCAUUGGCACCGCAUGGAUUGCACAGUCAAGUCGUGGCUGUUCGGCACGGUGUCGCCCGAGCUCAUCGAAGCGGUGUCCUCCACUUCCCCGACAUCGCGCUCCAUCUGGCUCGGCCUCGAAGACCAGUUCAUCGGCAAUAAGGAAACCCGUGCCAUCAUCCUUGAUGCCGAAUUCCGGACUCUCGUUCAGGGAGAUCUUUCGGUCACCGAUUACUGCAACAAGAUGAAGCGUAUGACGGACGCUCUGGGGACAUUGGGUGAGCCGGUCUUGGAUCGCACCCUAGUUCUCAAUGUUCUACGCGGCCUGAGCGAGCAGUACUCCCACAUGGCAGCGCUGAUCAAGCGCACGCGCCCGUUUCCUUCCUACUCCGAUGUCCGUGCGGAUCUGCUUAUUGAGGAGGUGACCCUUGCCAGCAAAUCUUCCACUCAGACGGCGCUCAUGGCCACCACACCACCGUGUCCUCCUGCGUCGCGCCCUGGCGUCUCCAACCCAGGCGCCACUGGUGGCCCUAGGUGGCUACGGGACCGGGGGCGGCUCUAA